GGUGUGCAUGUGUGCGUGCGUGUGAGUGACUCAGUAACCUCGUCCCCAAGAUAAUUGCGCAUAGUGAGGAGGUGUCCGGUGAACAAGUGUCUAAGAGCCAGGGAGGCCGGCAGGUAGAGGCUGUUUGAAGUAGUGAGACGUACUGAUAUUUGCUCCCUCCCUCCCCUCCCUCUUUUACCUUACCCUCUCACUUUCUUUCUCUUUCUGUCAUUUCCAGGUUGCCACUUGGUCACUGCAGACACUAUGCUCUCUCUCAGCUCUCUCCCCACCACCGUUGUCCCCAGCCUCUCCUCUCCCGGAGGAUGUGCUACUGUGGGACCGAGGGUAUGGUCCUCCAACCAGGAGGUGGCUCUGUUCCAGACCCUGCAAGAGGCUCUGAGGGAGAUCGACCUGCCUGAAACACAGGACCUGCCACAGGGUAUGAGUCACUCUGAGCUGUGUGUCUGUGUUUUGGGAUCCCCCCUCCCCUACCUCUCUCUGCUGUUGGAGGCAGGCCAACGGAGCCCAGGAGAUGCUCUCCUGUGUCUUUCUCCUUCCUGGCUCUCUCACUCCUCCCCCUCCCUCCUGGUCCACAAGGCUGUCACCUUUGACUUGGGAGGCCGCACUUUCCUCUCCAACUUCAACCCCCCUCGCAAGGUCACCUACUUCCUGUCAUGUGACCCUUGGGCUGAGGAGGAAGUGACCCGGGAGACAGACUGCCCAAGCGGAGGUUCCGGCGCACUGUGUCGAUUCUGGGGGGAUGUUCUGACCACCAGGGUUCUGCUGCAAAAGGCCAAGAUCCACUGCCCCCCGACGCUGGCCUUACUGUUGCCCCCGGGACAGAUGGGACUGGAGGAGGGCAGGACAGGAGGGGUGGAGGUGGUGCACCUAGAAAAGGGGGUGGAGGGAGGGAUGAACUCCGUCCGAAACAAGGUGGACUCUUUCCUGGAGUCUGAGGAUAUGAAGGGAUCUGAGAGUGUGGUGCUCAGGCGCAGUGGUGGGACGUUCGUGGGCGAGGCAACCUCACCCCCUGUCUACCUGUCCAGGAACAACAGGGAUGAGGUCUGGGCCAAGGUAGGUUAUCUCCUGCCCCAGCUCCUCCCUGGAGAGGCAGUGCUGCUGGAGGCCUACUGCUCCCCACUGAAGCCUGGGCCGCGGGUAGAGGACCGCACCUGGGAACAGUACACCGACUGCAGGCCUCAGGUUCCAGACCUGUCCUUCAGACUGUGUGCCAUCGUAAGUCGCUCACCUCUGGACCUGCCUCUCCUCUACAAGUUGGUGUGUAGAGUGGGUGUGUCUGACACCCCUCUCUCUCACAGCCACUCCCUCUCUCAGUCCUUGGAGACCACCCUAUUAGAGUGCGGUUUCACUGACCCUACCAUGGCAACUUCUCUCCAUCGCUUAGCAACGGACACUGCCCUGUCCUGCCUUCGUGUUGUCAUGGAAACAGAGUCAAGCAUGUCCGCGGAACUGCGUGGUGGAGCGGGCGCCCAGACCGACAUGAUAGGCGUAGACCUCCUCUUCACCAUGGAUGGUUACAUCAUCAGCCCUGUUGUCCUUGGCCUCCACCCCUCCCUCUGUCUCCGCUCCUCCUUCCCGGAGCAAGGGAUGGGGCUGGAGGGAUGUGACAGUGGGAUAGAGGGGUGGAGUAGGGGCACCCUCCUCCUCACCCCCCUCCUCCGCUCCCAGUACUACCUGAUGCAGGAGAAGACUGUGCUGGUGGUGGGAGCUGGAGGACACAGUAAGAAGUUCAUUUGGGGAGCAGCCAAAAAGUACAAACUCAAGAUCCUGCUUGUGGACUGUGACCCCGGCCACUUCGCCUCCCAGCUGGUCGACCACUUCCUGCCCCUGCCAGACCUGCCUGACCACCGCCGUGACGACCAGCACUGCUCCCGCAUUUGUGAUUGGCUGUUGUCCUCUGGGCUCCGCCCUGAUGGCUGCGUGUGUUUCUGGGAUGACUGCGUGGUGCUGACGUCUCUGGUCUGUGAUAGGCUGGGGCUCAGGGGGCCUCCUCCAGAGGCCAUCCGCAUUGCGAAGGAGAAGAGCCGCACCCACAGGCACCUCCUGGGCUUACGGAAGUCUACUGGGACUAACCUGACCAGUGUUGAGCAACCCUCCGGUCAGGCGGAUGGCCUGGUUGAGUUUAGAGAAGGUGAGAGGAGAGGAAGACAGCAGAACGGUAUGGUCAACGGCAUGGUCAACAUGGAAGGGGAUAGCAUGAGAGCUAUGGCCGAUUUUGACAGGGGGGAUCUCUUCAAUGAGGCAAUGGGCAAACCCGACACUACCGCCCCUACCUCUUCAUCCGCCUCAGCCUCCUCGUCCUUCUCACUGUCCUUCUGCACUUUCCGGCCCUCCGCUCCCCUCCUUUCUCCCUCCCCUUCUUCCUAUGCUGUUCCCUGUAUCCAUGUGGAGAGCGCCCUGGAUCUGGAGAAGGCAGCCAGUGGGGGGGAGGAGGGGCCUGGUGGGGCCAGUGUAGGGGUGGUGAGGUUCCCUGCCGUCAUGAAGCUGGAGUAUGGGGCCGGGGCGGUGGGCGUGAGGAAGGUGGGCUCUCUGGAGGAAAGCCUGGCACACUUUGAGAGGAUCGGAGGGGACCUCCGCGAGGAGACAGACUACCCUGGCAUUGGCCUGGGCUGGGGCAACGCCAUGACCCUCAUGGAGUACGUGGGAGGCACAGAGCACGACGUGGAUGUGGUCCUGUUUGAGGGGCGACUGGAGGGCGCUUUCGUGUCCGACAAUGGCCCCACCCGUGCUCCGGCUUUCACAGAGACGGCCUCCCAGAUGCCCUCGGGACUGGCGCCGGACAAGCGUGCUCAGCUGAUUCGCGCGGCGCACCACGCCUGCCUGGGCUGCGGCCUGCAAGACGGCGUGUUCAAUGUUGAGCUGAAGAUGACAGAGGUGGGCCCCAGGCUCAUCGAGAUCAACGCCCGCAUGGGCGGCUUCUACCUGCGUGACUGGAUCCAGCAGCUGUACGGCGUGGACAUCCUGAUGGCCGCCUUCAUGGUGUCCUGUGGGGUGCGUCCGUGCCUGCCCUCGGCCACAGCGCUCCCAGCCAGAGGCCACUUUGCUGGGGUGAUGGUUGUGGUGUCCCAGCACCUCCAGGCCCUGAGAAGCACAGCCAGCCCUGAACGCCUGCGAGGGCUGCACCAGGACGGGGCGCUGUGGCUGAACGAGCUGGCUGAGGAGGAUGAAUUGAUCUCUGGGGAGUACGAGGAGCCCUUCUGUAAUGUCGGGGUGAGAGACGCCCACAACGCCGCCAACGCUCGCCAGCGCCUCCUCGCCCUCUGCCAGGGGCUAGGCCUGCACUGUCCUCCACGCUACGACCUGGGGUACUUCCUGUCCCACUUCAAUUAGACAGGAAGUCAGGUGGGAGAAGCACCUGGGGUUUGUUCAGGAGGGUGCAAUGUUUAGAUUUUACUCACAGAUCAAAAUAAUACAGAAAUCGAUUCCCUGUUCUCCAUGACAGAGAAGCAUAUGUGUUUUAGUCCUAUCUAAAUGCUUGUUCCUAACAUUGGAUCCUUCUGAAUAGAACCCAUGUUUAGCACGUGUAUGCUUUGUGCGGGUGGAGUUUUUGUACUAGGGGCAAGGGUUAGUUUAGUUAGCUUAAAAGGUACAUCACAGCAAGAAAAAUGUUAUAUCAAAACAUAUCUCACUACCUUUCAAUUUUUCUCACUUAAAUUUUAGGGACCAUCUCAGGAAUACAAGUUUCAAAAAGGAAUAAUCGUCAGUGAUUAGCGAGAAUAGGGUAUGGGUGUCUUAUCUAUCUACCAGGGUUCAGGAAGUGAUUUAAAUGAAACAACUGAAAAACGUCUACUUCUCAUUUUAUUGAGAAGUCAUAAAAAAAAAAUAGAGGCCCUUGGUUAAAUGAUUGAAUUGGAAUGUUGGUUAACUUCCUGAAUUGACAGCAUUCAAUUUGAAUUGAACCCAACCCUGCUAUCUAUUAGGUUGUGGUAUCAGCAGUCUACUCUACUGGGUCGUUCCACAUAAUGAGUGCCUUUUGCAUCCCUUAGAUAUUUUAAGUAGUGCACAAAUAUUGAAUUUUAAAAGCCUGUCAUAUUAAAUGAAGUGCCAUUUUAAAAGUCAUUUCUGAAGAUGAUUAUUUAUUUCAUGUAAUUAGUGAUUCAUUUUAAGUAAAAUACCCGGCUAGCAAUAUUUAGCGGCGAUCCAAAUGCUGAUGACUUACAACGGCCCUCAUCACCACAAACGACUUCAACGAUGGCAGUCUCAUACUAAAGUAUGUAGGGAACGACAUAGCAGCGGAAUAAUUUAGUGUGAGUCGUCAGGCUACGGGGAAAAAAAACCCGUCCCUGAUUUUAAAGUCAACCCUGUUACCUGAACUGAACUCUCGUUCUAAUUGGUGAAACUAUUCAUUUUUAAAUAUAGUAAACAGAUGAGCUGGUUCUAUUCUUUAUGGACAUUUUCUGGUGUUUUGUUGUGGGAAAUGUAGCUGGUUGAGCAUGACAUGUCAACCCUGUCACCCAUAGAUUCAUCUAAUGUAAUGUAACACCUGAGUGGCGUUUCUUUCUUUCUGGUCCUGAUGGGAAGAAAAAGACUGUCGGGGGAGGUCCUCUUUGGACUGUUGAACCAGUCCAGUAAAUGUGGAGGAGUUAAGAUGUCUUGUCGCCGUGUUAACGUCGAAAAGCAGAAGUCUCCAUUUCCCUUGAAAAACGGAUGCAUCCAUUUAACCGACCCCGCAAAGGGUGCCCAUAGAGAGAGACCAUUUAGAAUCAUUUUUUGGGGAAUUAAAAAAUUGUGAAGCUUGCAUACAAUUGCCCCUCCCUGUUGCACACAAGCUUCCAUUCCCCCAGUCACAAGGUGAUUUAUGGCUGAUUUUUUAAGACGAAGUUGUCAACCCUGUUCCUUUAAUAGGCACUUACUUACUAUCAUUUUUUUUUGAGAUGGGGAUGUUUUUCCAUUAAGUUGAACAUGUGCUCUUCAUGACAAUCUUAAAAUGGAUGAAAUAAGUUUUUUUUUUGUUCACUAAGUUGCACUACUCAAAAGGCACCUAAUUGGUGGAACGACCCUACUACAUUAUAAUCCAGCCAUAGACAUUGAUUAAUAGCCUGCACACUGAACACACAGCAGUCCAGGGUUGGAACGGGUGGGAAGGAAGGAAGAGCAGAAGAAGAUGGAAGAUUUUGAGGAAGGGGGUUUGAGGAGAGCAGUGCAAUAGCUGGAACAGGUGGACAGGGGUGCUGAUUGCGGAACCUUCUAAAUCCAGGCUCAGAGGUGAUGUCUGCGGGGUCGGCGCGUAAAAACGACUUGGAAAAUGUGGAAUUCUGGAACUCUGCCUCCCUCAUUCUUAGUUAGAGGUCGUGUGAAAGUUCAUGUCUAAAUUAGCAAGGUUGAGGUGAAAGGUUUCACCCCAAAAUAAGUAACUUAAAGAGUACGGAAAUGGAGAUUUAAUUACUCCACAUACUCACACCCAUUUUUCCCCGGCUUAGCCCAUAAAAGCAGUGUGUUAUUUUGUUAUGUCAUUUGAGGCAGUUUCACCAUUGCAAAUGCGUUGACUCCGGAGCAAGACCUCAUCUUGGCAGUUAGUGUCUGUGGUGUGGCAUUUGCGGUCUGGUGUCAGGUGUACUCGGUAGGCUUGAUGUAACUGAGAUGCCAUCCCUCAGUACCCCCCAGACAAAGGUUACAGUAGUCAAAAGGUUAAGGAUUUCCUGCUUCUUCUGUUUCUGAUUGUUUAUGUAUUUCUGAGGUAAUAUUUGGGAAUUAUAUAGUAGCAGACACUUCUGACUUUUCUUCAAAAAAGGAGGUGUGACAGGAAAGUUAAAGAAUAAAACAACCGAGCCAGAUUACAUCACUAAAACCAAAACAAAUUUCUAAAAAAUCCCCAAAUCCAAACUUUUGUAUUAACUUAAUAUGUAAUAUGUGUUCAUGUUGUCAUGUUUUGUUAAUUGCUUUAUUUGUUAAGUUUCAAUGCAUCGGAUGAUGAAUGUGUUAUUGAUAUGUAACAUCACAGAUAUGAAUGUAAUGUUUAGUUAGAUUAACACAUUGUUUUUUCAAAUAUAUGCGUCAUAAAUCUUUUCACCAUACGCGAACAAUAGAGAACAAGGCCUUAAAGUUAACACAGAUUUAAAGGGAUUUUUCUGUUCCUUAGUUAUAUUGACAAACAAUAACUGAUGUGGAAAUUACUUUUUCUUUAACAAAGUUUUGAAUCAAGAUCAAGUGUUUUGAUUCGGCUACUGUUUUGAUUCAAAUGUAAAUGUACAUUUCCUGUGUUAUGUAAAAUACAAUAAACAUUCAAAUCAACAGA